AUGGACUCACAACUCAGCAUUGGAACACUUUUGACUGCAGCCCGACUCAUUGAGUCUCAUCUUCCUCUUGCCACUUCAUCGGCUUCAGGAACAACUCAAUUCGUUUUCGAUGGUGAGAAUAAAAAUGAGCUUCGCUCGAUUCUCAGCGGAAAACUUAAGAUUGAUAAGAAGCAUUGCUUCAAGGCUUCAACCUCAUCGGAUCCGUAUUGUACUACGCCACCUUCGAGAAAAUCAUCAAAGCAUAGCCGUGCGGCUCACAAUGAGCUUGAGAAGACUCGAAGAGCCAAUCUCCGAGGAUGUCUCGAUCAAUUGAAAUCGCUUGUGCCGUCGAUCUCGGACGCCGCUAGAAAUACCACACUGGCCUUGUUGACGCGCGCACGUGACUACAUUAAGGAGCUCGAUGAAGACAACGCCAAUCUUCAGCGGCUGAAACAACUCAAGGAGGCCGAAAAUGCCGCUUUGGCUGCUGAGCUUGAGCGCCUCCAAAAGGCGGUGAACGAUACAAAUUCGAGACCUGAAAGCUGCGCUUCUUCAUCGUACACGGCCAGCAGCCCAUUACUUAUCGAAUUCUCUCCAUCGACAAAACCGCAUUAUCAUAAUGAUUCACCGAAACCCAUAAUUAUUGACCCCAUCGCUGAUGGUCUCUUGCCGGCUGUUCCGUUGACCUACCCCAGACCAUAUAUCUACCCUCAAACUGUACUCGAUCUCUUAGAACUCCAGUCUCCCAAACUUGACGUGUCUCGCUACUUGCCAAUCAAUCUCCGCGUAUGA